GGUGCCCCCCUGCACUUCUUUGGGGCACCGGGUGGUGGGGUGAGCCGAUGGGAGAGGCAGGAAGCCCCCUCCCCAGUGCCCCAUGUCUUUUCCUUUCAGGCUGCCCGAGAAGGAAGACCCCGGGGGAGGCUGAAUUCCCACAGCCGCUUCCUUUGGAGACCCCGGAAGGAGGAGGAUCUUAGAGGGGAGGGCCAAGGUUCUCUCCCCCCUCAAGAGACACGAUGCCGCCGUGGGAAAGCCCCUUGAUGGGCCAGGAGCCCAGGCCCACAAUGGGUCCAGCCCCACCGGCCACCUUGAGCCAGACCCAUGGCACCCGGAUCCCUAGGAACCCUUUCGCUGCGUGAGCGGCCUUUCUCAGAUGGCUGAAGAAGCCGCCCAGAUCCUGCCCAGCUUUUCCUGUUGAAUUUCCCCUUGGGCUUUGCCCGGCUGCUGCCGAGAUGUCCCUGGAGGGGCUGAUGUGCUGCCGUGGGUCGCUUGACUGGCUAAGGGAGCUCAUCGGCUCUACCAUCCAGGCGGUGCGGGACUGCGACCCCCCUGCGCUCGGCACCCUGGGCGUCCUGCUGGCCCUCUUCGUCUGGUACUGCUACCACGUGGGGCGGGAGCAGCAGCCCCGGCCUUUCGCCACGGUGCUCCCGGGGGGCGUGGAGGUGGCCGGCCUGCAGAACGGCUUCAGCCACUGCCGCUCCCCCGAGUGCGUGCGCUGCGCCCAGAGCGAUGGGUUGAACCAGAAGCUCUACCACAACCUGCAGGAGUAUGCCAAGCGGUACUCGUGGGCCGGCAUGGGCCGGAUCCACAAGGGCAUCCGCGAGCAGGGCCGCUACCUGGCCGGCCGCCCAUCCAUCCAGCGCCCGGAGGUCUUCUUCCUGCCUGACUUGCCCACCACCCCGUAUUUCUCCCGGGAGGCCCAGAAACACGACGUGGAGCUGCUGGAGCGCAACUUCCAGACCAUCCUGUGCGAGUUUGAAUCCCUCUACAAGGCCUUCUCCAACUGCAGCCUGCCGGACGGGUGGAAGGUCAACAGCACACCCAGCGGCGAGUGGCUGACCUUCUACCUGGUCAACCAGGGCACCUGCGUGCCCCGGAACUGUCGGAGGUGCCCUCGGACAUACCGCCUGCUGGGGAGCCUCCGCACCUGCGUGGGCAGCAACGUGUUUGGCAACGCCUGCAUCUCCGUGCUGACCCCUGGCACCGUCAUCACCGAGCACUAUGGGCCGACCAACAUCCGUGUGCGCUGCCACCUGGGUUUGAAGACCCCCAGCAGCUGUGAGCUAGUGGUGGGAGGGGAGCCCCAAUGCUGGGCCGAAGGACGCUGCCUGAUUUUUGAUGAUUCCUUCCUGCACACAGCCUACCACGCAGGCCCCCCUGAGGAUGGACCCCGUGCCGUGUUCAUGGUGGACCUCUGGCACCCCAACGUUGCUGCGGCCGAGCGCCAGGCCCUGGAUUUUAUUUUUGCUCCUGGACGGUGACGUGGGCUCCCCCUUUCCGGAGCAGGUUCCAUGUUUCUGUGGAGGGGGCCCUUCACACCCAGCUGACGUGGGGUUUGGCCCCCAGGCCUCUUCACCUCCCCCCCUCCUCCUGUCCACCAUUUUGCUUUGGGCUGGGCUGCCCCCCAUUUCCCCCCCUCUGUGAUUAGGCCAAAUGCUGCUAUAGUGUCCGCCCCCCCCCUCUUGCUACUUGUGCGUUGCUGUGCCGAUUUUCCCACCUGCAGUUCUUGGAGGAUGAACUUAAUUGUGCCAAUCUCUCCCUCGUGAACCUCCUCCAAAGGCAAACCACCCAGUCACCCAUCCUCACUGCAGCUUCAAAAGCCACGGUGGGCCCACCCAGGCCAGAUCCUGCCCCUCCCGCCUUUCGUUGGCAGAAGUGAGUGGAAGCAAAGCAGGGCGGCGUUUGGGGGACGGCCCCCUUUCCUCCAGCCCUGCAUUGGCUCCUCUGUGCCUUCUUUGGGGGUGCUGGACUGGGGCAGCAUCCUUGGCGCACCGGUGGAGGGAGGGGCUGCCGUGGGCUCUCCCUGCAGAGUGGCAAGCAAGCGGCAGGAGGAGGAGGAGGGGGCUUUCUGGCCCGCUUAGGGGCAGAAGCUGAAAGCAAGCCAGCCCCAAAUGCCAUUUCUCACCCAUCAGAGUCACGGGCAAAGUCUGCCCCCCACCUGGGGCAUGGGGGCAUUGUGGCUUGGCCAAGGCCGGGGACUUUCCAAUAAAACACUU